AUGCCUUCUUCAACAUCAAAAAACGCAGUCACAUCAAUCAUUCGUCGUGCUUCGAAUCUCCUAACACAACGUACGACGUCCUUCACAGUACCUGCCACGACAACAUCUCUAUUGAAAAACAAAUGUCCUCCACUAGAUGGUGAAAUUAUCUUCUCGAAGAAUAACAUUUGUGUGCAUCCACCCUCGCGUUUGCACUCCUAUACACUUCAUCAUCCAGGUUAUUUAUGUGUUAAAUGUCAGAAUAGCCCACAAUUUGGUUCGACUUUAAUUUUAACAUGGAUACCGAAUUCGACAUUGAAAAAUCGUUCGAAUACAUCUCAACUGUCACCGACAUCGGAUGAAAACUCAUCGCCAUCGAUGAACACAAAUCCGGAACAGCCACCAACAUCUACUCCACGUCAUUCGCUAUCUCGAACAAUUGAUAGUGGUUAUCAUGCAUCGAAUUCUAAUAAUCCAUUAUUAUCACCUAUCGAACAAGAAGAAAACGAAAAUCGCCGUCAUUCAUCAGAUGAUCAAUACGAAGAUGCCCUAGAUGAUAAAUCUUAUAUGAGACAAGCCUCGAUUACAUCAGAUUUAACUGAAGGACCUGAUGAGAUUUUAGACGAACAGGACGUCGACGACGCAUUUGAAACAAGUGAAACAGCAGAUCUGUCACCGAAUCGUGCGAUUGAUGAUAGUUUACCAUUUAUGAAAGAAACCAAUCUUUGGAAGAAUGCUUCCGGCAUAUGUGAGCAAAACUGUUCGAUUAACGAAGACGACGAAGCAGUACGAACAGUAGCCGAACAAUUUUGUGGUGUAUUUUCUGUGGAUCUCGGUAAAAUGCGUUCAUUACGUUUAUUUUAUUGCGAUGAUCUACCGGCUGCAGCAAGUGGUAGUGGACAACUAGUAAUUGCGUCAUGUGAAUCUCAAUAUAAAGUGUUACAUUUUCAUAAUGGUGGUCUGGAUCGUUUGAUUGAAAUUCUCAAUGAAUGGAAUCUAUUUGCAUAUGAAAAAACUCGUCGUGGUUUCGCUAAUUGUCAUCAAUUCAAUGUCGUACGUCCAACAAUUGAGUCAAGUGAUUUGCAUCCCGAAGAAGGGUGUUAUCAUCUGAUAACAACGGAUAAUUGGAGAACAUAUAUGAAUUCAUUAGGACAAAUUGAAGAUAAUCAUCAACUGAGAAAAACAAUAUUUUUCGCUGGAAUUGAUCCAUCUGUAGCUAAGGAAGUAUGGCCGUUCUUGCUUCAUCUCUAUCCAUUUGAUUCAACCUUUGAUCAACGUGAACAAAUUAGGCAUAAUAAAUUUUUACAUUAUCAAAAGAUUCGAGCACGACGAGAGACGGCCGUGGACGACCCUGAACAAGCUCAAUUUUUCCAUGAUGUCGAAGCUAUUAUUGAAAAAGACGUUGUACGCACCGAUCGAUCGCAUCCAUACUUCAAAGGCGAUGAUAAUCCAAAUUUAAGAGUGAUGAAAGAAAUUCUUUUGAAUUACGCAGCAUAUUGUCCAACAAUGGGCUAUACUCAAGGCAUGUCCGAUCUUUUAGCGCCCAUACUAACAAUUAUCCAACAUGAAUCAGAUGCAUUUUGGUGUUUUGUUGGACUAAUGAAUCGAACGAUCUUCAUCUCUACGCCAACAGAUGAUGUCAUGGAAAAGCAAUUAAGAUAUCUUCGUGAACUUUUAUUGUUGAUGUCGCCUGCAUUUUAUGAACAUUGUGCCAAAUUAUCUGAUGGACUUGAUUUACUAUUUGCUCACCGAUGGAUAUUGUUAUGUUUCAAACGCGAAUUUCCCGAACGAGAAGCAUUACGAAUGUGGGAAGCAUGCUGGUCUCAUUAUCAAACAGAUUAUUUUCAUUUAUUCAUAUGCAUAAGUAUCAUGUCAGUCUACGGCGAAGAUAUUGUUCAACAGAAUCUAGGUACAGAUGAUAUGCUUUUACAUUUCAAUAGUCUUGCAAUGCAUAUGAGUGGAUCGAUAGUAUUGAAAAAAGCUCGAAGUUUAUUGUAUAAAUUUCGUUUACUACAACGUAUACCUUGUUGUUUACAUGAUAUAUCAGUGCUUGCCGGACCAGGAAAUUGGGAUUCACAUCAUGUCCCACAAGUUUAUUGCAUAUGUAAAACUGAUCAAGAAAAAGAACGUUGUCCAUUUAGUGGUAUUUGUAUGUGA